AUGGGCUUGUGUUACUCUAAGCAAAAAAAACGCUUUAGAACAAUUGCAGAUCUUGAUGAUCAUUUCAAAGAAACUAAUGGCAACACUAAAAUCACAUCAAAAAAUGAAUUCUUAAUACAGAUGAAUUUAAUCAGAAUUAAAAAAGCUGUUCAUGCACCAAAACUGGAUUUAGGCAAAAACAGCUUGUAUAGCAAACGCCUAAAUAGGCUUAAAGAAGAUUGUAAAGAUCUAACUAUUGGCAUGAACAAUGCUUAUGUGGUGGUAUAG